UUGUGCUUAGCCCCUGACUACUACGCGCGUAAACCGGCCAAGCGAGUGGGUGCAAUUGCCGUAAUAUACUAUCGUACUGUACCUGACUGUACUACCUAUGCAGUGUUAGAAGGCCGCCGCGGCGGUAUAGCGGUGUUUUUAAGUUAAAUUGCACUCAAUACAAUUGCACACUAUAAACAAAACUUCCCGGUAUUAAAUAUUUCCAGCACUAAAAAAAUUUCUUGAAUUUAUCAACGUUCCGUUUCGUCUAUUUUUUUGACGCAAAGUUUUCUCUGUAAAUCACUUGUGCCAGUUUGACAGUUCAAUAAAAAUAUUUACGUGACGUAUGGGACUGUAUUUUUUCAAUGAAUGACGCUGGUUUUUGGUGGUUAAAUGUUACAAAAAGUAACAUUAAAAGUGGAUUAGCUAAAUUAUGUGAAAUACGUGGCAAAGGUUUCAUUGCAACCUUUAUAAUAACAUAAAAUCAGAUAAACCUUUGCCAAACAUUAAGUAUGGAACACAGAAGAUAAUAUUGAAUAAUUCCCUCUAAAUAUCAUGAUAUCUUGAUUAUGUGACUUAAGUUCUUUUAGUUUCCCCUUAAUAAUUAAUUUAAUGUUUUAAUUUUUAGUCAUAAUGUGAGGGUAGAUUUAUAUUUAGUUAAAUAAGGCCAGUAUUAGAUAUAGUUUUUUUUUUAAGUUAGAAUUAAAUAUGAGUGAAUUUUACUUCUGCACUGCUCAAGAUUCAACAUACUUUUCACAUUUAUACACAAGCACAUGACUGUGGGGACCAGCAAAAAGGCGCUUAAUGGUUUACAUGGAUGAAAGAGAGGGCGCGGGGCGCCGCGAUGGCGUCAUGCUGCCCAAUACUAUGGAGGCAUGUGAACCACCAGUCCAGCUGGAGCCGGUGGACUUAAGCCUCAAGCGACCACACACGCCUCGACGUCCGCCUCGCACCCUUGAAAGCGCCCGUCCUACUUCGUCAAAGACAAUCAUACAGAAUGAAUCACCGUCCACACAAUGGUCGUUCCAGACGAGUCAUCAAGUGCCCAAAAUUAAAGUAGGACCAGACCUCCGGAGCGCGAGAAAAUACAGGCACCAUGUAAACAAAUUAAAACCUCCAAUUCCACAAUUAUCACCGCAACUUACCCCGCGAACGCAUUUACAAACGACACUCGAACUGUCACCGAACAAGCCGCCUUUUUUGCCGCCAAUGCUAACGUUCCCGAUGACGCACGCAAAUCAACCUAAUAUAACGUCUGAUGUAGAAAUUAAGAAUUUUUUGCUCAACACAGCGCUGCAGAACGUACUGACCGGUUCAUUGAACCAACUAACGCAAAGGAAACCAUAUACGAAACCGAACGAUGUUGCAAAGAAACCCUGUAUCGAUACUGAAUUUGUUAAUAAUAAUAACGAGGAAGGCCACGGCAGGAAGAGACUUCACAAAUGUGAUGUGGCUGGAUGUCAUAAAGUUUAUACGAAAAGCUCACAUUUAAAAGCCCAUAAAAGAACACACACAGGUGAGAAACCGUAUUCUUGCGGCUGGGCGGGCUGCGAAUGGCGUUUCGCGCGCUCCGACGAGCUGACCCGACACACGCGCAAGCACACCGGCCACCGGCCCUUCACCUGCCCGCUCUGCAGACGUUCCUUCGCCAGGUCAGACCAUCUCGGAUUGCAUAUGAGACGACAUUGAUUAUGAUCUCGUAAUAAAUUAACUA